AAAUUGUUGGUGUAGUUUUACACGCCUUAUAUAGCCUGGAAGUGCGGAGCUGUCAUUCUCUGCGGGAUAAAGCGAGUGGUUGCUGCACGGUUAUACCUUCCCCCUUCUUCGCACGGGCAUCGUCCUCCCUUGGUUCAAUCUUCAAUUUGUUUCCUGCACCCCCCCCCCCCCAACACCCACCUUCCCCGAACUAAGUUCCCCGACCCGGUCUUUAAACAAACAGCAAACUUUUAGUUUUGUUUUGUUUUGUUCCCCCCUUCCAACGACGAUGGACUUGUACAAGGUUACCCUGGAAGGACCGGCUCCGUGGGGGUUUAGACUGCAGGGAGGAAAGGACUUCAACAAGCCUUUAACCAUGUCCAGGGUCACACCAGGUGGUAAGGCAGACCAAGCAAAUAUCGGGGUAGGAGAUACUGUUAUAUCCAUUGAUGGUGAAAAUACUGAAGGAAUGACUCAUCUGGAGGCACAAAACAAGAUCAAGGCCUGUGCAGGGAUCUUGAAUCUUUCCCUGGGGAAAGCUCAUCGUUCCUCUGGCAGCUGUGAUGAGAAGGAUUUUAAGUUUGCUGCAUCUUCUGUUCCGAAGUAUUCGUUUGACUCCAGCAUGCCAUUGAAUAAGACAGCCAGACCCUUUGGUGUUACAUCUACAGGAAGUUCAAAUUCAGGGACACCAAUAAAGUCCGUGAGCUACAAACCUAUUUCAUUAUGCACUCCACCUUCUGCUUUGCCUAGUAGUGCACCUGCAACCCAGACACAACUAAAAUAUGGCUCAGCCACAGAAAAACGCAGCUCAACUGCAUCCACACUGCGGCAUCCAAAUGGUCCUGGGAUAGGUGCUGCAGAGAAUACAUUUGAUCUAGCUUCUGCUCUUGAGCCCACCUCCAAGACCUUUGAAGAUCCAGGGAAACCGGUCCCAAGAGCUGCUCCAGUUCCCUCUGCUCCAAGUUGCAGACCCCCUUGGGUGGUGGAUGAUUCCUUUGCGGAGAAGUAUGCACCAAACAAAACUACCACCGUAUUGACUAAAUACACUCAGCCUGCUCAACCAACCCCUCAGCAGAAUCGAAACUCUAUUGUCCAGGCAGCUCAGCAGGCACCUGAUGGGACAAACAGGACUCCAGUGUGUGCACAUUGUAACAAGGUCAUCAAAGGCCGCUAUCUUGUAGCUUUGGGCCGUUCUUGGCAUCCUGAAGAGUUUACUUGCAAUCAGUGUAAAAUGACCUUGACUGAGGGAGGAUUCUUUGAGGAAAAGGGCUCUGUGUUUUGUGGAAAAUGCUAUGAAAAUAAGCACGCUCCCAAUUGUGCCAAAUGUAAACAGAAGAUUAUAGGCGAAAUUAUGCAUGCUUUGAAGCAGACAUGGCACGUUAAGUGCUUUACCUGCGCUGCAUGCAAAACUCCAAUCCGCAAUAAAGCAUUUUACAUGGAAGAAGGUCAGCCCUACUGUGAGAAAGAUUAUGAGAAAAUGUUUGGUACAAAAUGCCAUGGUUGUGACUUCAAGAUCGACGCUGGUGACAGAUUUCUUGAGGCUCUAGGGUACAGCUGGCAUGACACCUGUUUUGUGUGUGCGGUAUGCCACAUAAACUUGGAAGGCAAGACAUUUUAUUCCAAGAAAGAGAAACCAUUAUGCAAGAGUCAUGCCUUUUCAACUGUCUAGUUCUACACUGAUGAUGGUCAACAGAGAGCAUAAUAGAAACCUGGCUCAGACAAGCACAAUCCGUAUCAGGGAGCUUGGAAGAGGUCACAAAGAACUGAAGUCACAAAGGAAUUUUGGCUCUCUGGUACAAUAAAAAAAUAUAUGCAACACUUCAGAGAGGCAAUUAAUCAACACGCAAAACUGUUACAUGAGUAUUUCUCAAAGGGCCAAUUAUCUUGCUUGUCUUUCUGCUCUGCAUGUAAUCUCCUAUAAAUUUUAAUGUACCUUUUUUUUUCCAAUGGGAAAUGAGCUUAGUGGUAUCUAUCUUGGACAUCCCUUCAGUAUAAGGAACUCUUCAGGCAUUUCAUCUUUAUCACUCUUUUGCACACAAUGUACAUUGUUUAUUACUUGUUCUUUGAGAAUGUUCUUACCUUGCAGAACCAUUUUUUUAUGAAUUACAUUGCUACUUGUAAAACAAAAUCAAUGUCAGUAUUUACUCACAAACUUUAGAACUUUGAUUGUUGCAUCUGGAAAUUAGUUUGGAUGUUUGCUAUGGAUAGUAAUUAGAAAAAACAACUUAGUGUUUUAAGGAGUAAGCCAAACAGCUUAUCAUAAGAUACUAACUUGCAGUCACUGCUUUUGUAUGUUUAUUAAUUGCACUUGCAUCUCCUAUGACUUGCAGGAGAAGGGAGAUUACUGAAAAUGCUUAGAUUGGCUAAAACUAUUUUUUCUGAAAUGGAGAAGGAGAUGGUUUGAAUUCAUAUAGAAUCUCUUCAUUAUCUACACUUAUUAGUAUGUGUUUCUCUUCACCAUUCCAUUGGAUUAAUCACUGUAGCGAUAAAUGAGGUGUGUUUUGUACACAAUUUUUUUAGCUUCCAUUUCUCCCAGUUUGCAGUGAUAUUAUUACUGAGCAAGCUCCACAUGGGUUCCUGUAACCAGCACCUUUGCAUCCAUUGUGGAUAAUCUCUUAGUUAGUACUGAUAGUGUGUCAUAUUCUGCUUUGGAAAUUCAUUCCAUUGAUUUCAAUAGAAUGGACUUUGGAUUUACAAUCCAAUGAUGCUAUGUGAUGCUUUAAAUGCAACUGCCAUCAGGGAUGAAUUUCUAGGCAACUGUACUUUAAUUUGUUUAAUUAGCAGUUCACUCUCCUUUAACACAGUGUAUGUAAAGAGUUAAAACAAUAUAAUCAGACAAUUGAUGAAUAGGAAGGUUUUGUGUAGGUGUGGUUCUGGAGUUUAACUGCUUUUCAUUGUUUUCCUUCGGCUGGUAUGCUAUCAGGUAGCCAAAUAUGUUGAUAGCUACUUGGAAAUGGUUACUUGUUAUCUAAAAAAAAUGGCUUUUAGGCUUUCCUUUCCAUAUGUAUCGGUGGCAAAUUUCAAAAGAUUGAAGGAAAAGCUAGUGUUUAAGUAGCAAGUUUAUUGGAACUUUGUACAAAGUUGAUAGAGUUGAGAGUGCCAUAUUGCCAUUGAGAUCUGAAACCAGUUAUGUCCAGGGAGCUAUCUGCCAAAGACCAAUUAAUAUUAGUGUUUCUUUUUGCAAUAAAUGAUAGCUAAAUUAAGUGAAGCUGUGAGAAUUGAUUUGGCAAAUUUGUUGACAUUUGAAGUGAGUUAUACAGUUGCCUUUAGCGUUCACAUCGGAUGCAAGUGCAAAGUGCUGCAAUAAAGAACCUUGUCACAAAUCUUGCCUUGUUUUUGUAACUUAAUUCCAUGUGUAGACUAUUUAUUGCAUUUGCCACAAGUAUGGAUCCUAUAUUUACAAGGUGUUGGUGUAAAGUGUUUGCUUUAUUAUCUUUGUUUCAUUACUUGAAUUUAUCCUCCUUUUAACUGACAAGUAUAAACUGAGUCUCAUAAUGCAUAAUAUUUCAAUGUUUUGUACUUUGCCAGGAAAGGAGCAAUUGAAAUUAAAGCAAGCCACAGUUUAACUUUUUCUGUUUUGAAAGUGUAUACCUAUCUCUCUGACAUGCUUAAAAUUAAAACAGCAAUGGUCUUGUGAAACUGA